CCCCCUUUUCGCUCUGCCCCGCCUCUUGCCCCAUGUUCGGUCCGGACAAACUGUUGGGGCAGCUGUCCAAGCUGGAUAGAUACGGGAAUAUGGCGUCCAUGGGGGAUUUGAACCCGGUCAGCUCCAACAUCCCGGCUACGAGGGUGGAAAUAACCGUGUCCUGCAGGAAUCUUUUGGACAGAGACACAUUUUCGAAAUCUGAUCCAAUCUGUGUUUUGUAUACACAAGGUAUGGGAAAUAAAGAAUGGAGAGAGUUUGGGAGAACAGAAGUAAUCGACAAUACUUUGAACCCAGAUUUUGUAAGAAAAUUUAUAAUGGAUUACUUUUUUGAAGAGAGACAGAACCUACGAUUUGAUUUGUAUGAUGUUGAUUCAAAGAGUCCAAACCUAUCAAAACAUGAUUUCUUGGGACAAGUCUUCUGUACACUUGGAGAGAUUGUUGGUUCACAAGGGAGCAGAUUAGAAAAGCCAGUUGUAAUGAAGCUUCCCUGGUGGAACCUGGUAGCCAAAACAAAAUUGGCCAUUGCUGGUGCGAGCAGGCUGCAGAAAGGAAUUCCUGGGAGGAACUGUGGCAUAAUAAUACUGACAGCAGAGGAAUUGAAUUGUUGCCGGGAUGCUGUGCUGAUGCAGUUUUGUGCAAACAAAUUAGACAAGAAAGAUUUCUUUGGAAAAUCAGAUCCUUUCCUGGUAUUUUUUCGCAGCAAUGAAGAUGGCAGUUUUACAAUCUGCCACAAGACAGAAGUUAUAAAGAAUACAUUAAAUCCAGUGUGGCAGGCAUUCAAGAUAUCUGUGAGAGCACUUUGUAAUGGAGAUCAUGACAGAACAAUUAAGAUAGAAGUGUAUGACUGGGAUAGAGAUGGAAGUCAUGAUUUUAUUGGAGAAUUCACAACAAGUUAUAGGGAAUUGUCCAGAGGACAGUCACAGUUUAAUGUGUAUGAGGUAAUAAAUCCAAAGAAAAAGGCAAAAAAGAAAAAAUAUGUUAAUUCAGGAACAGUAACAUUACUUUCCUUCUUAAUGGAAACAGAAGUUUCAUUUCUUGACUAUAUUAAAGGCGGGACUCAAAUCAAUUUCACUGUGGCUAUUGAUUUCACAGCUUCAAAUGGUAACCCUGCACAUCCAACUUCACUCCAUUAUAUGAACCCAUACCAGCUAAAUUCUUACGCCAUGGCACUAAAGGCAGUAGGUGAAAUCAUUCAAGACUAUGAUAGUGACAAAAUGUUUCCAGCUCUAGGUUUUGGUGCAAAACUGCCUCCGGAUGGAAGAAUAUCUCAUGAAUUUGCCUUGAACGGAAACCCUCAAAAUCCUUAUUGCAGUGGAAUAGAUGGUGUAAUGGAAGCAUACUACAUGAGUCUAAAAUCCGUACAGCUUUAUGGACCAACAAAUUUUGCUCCUGUUAUUAAUCAUGUAGCAAGGUAUGCUGCCUCAGUUAAAGAUGGCUCCCAGUAUUUUGUUCUUCUCAUUGUUACAGAUGGGGUCAUUUCUGACAUGGCUCAAGCAAAGGAGUCUAUAGUGAAUGCUGCAAAGCUUCCAAUGUCAAUAAUAAUAGUGGGAGUUGGACCAGCAGAAUUUGAUGCUAUGGAAGAAUUGGAUGGUGAUGAAAUAAGAGUAUCCUCAAGAGGAGUAUAUGCAGAAAGGGAUAUUGUUCAGUUUGUACCAUUUCGAGAUUACAUUGACAGAAGUGGAAACCACGUAUUAAGUAUGGCCAGACUUGCUAGAGAUGUCUUAGCUGAGAUCCCAGACCAAUUUCUUUCCUAUAUGAGGGUCAGAGGAAUCAAGCCAUCUCCUGCACCUCCUCCAUACACACCACCUAUUCAUGUAGUGCAGACUCAGAUAUGAGCAGGCCAAAUACUUAAUGCUUUUCACAAACUAUUGAGCGCUGCUAAGAAAAUGCUCCAGUACAGUGGUGCACUUUAAAGAGCCAAUAAGCUGAGGCCCAGGGUCCCUCUUUGUAAGCAGUGGAGCUUCUGGUGGGCUUUGGAGCAAAAUAAGUUAGCUUCAUAUACCAAAAUGUUCAGUCUGGUUGCAUGCGCAACAAGGAGCAAAAUAAAAUGGUGAUGUUUGUUUCUAAGUUUUAUUUUGUUUCUAACAGAAAAAAGCUACUGUUGUCAUGUGUUUGGAGAGAAAGCACAAGUCACGGGUUCUACUCAGAAGUCCUUGUCUUUCCUGAUUUAAUAUGUACAUAUGAUGUGAAUGCAAUUCUUCUGUAUCAAUGUUUACAUGUUACUACUUUUCAAAUUGAACGACUUUUUUAAUAAUUGUUCUUAAUCUUAAGAAUUUGGAAUAUUGAAUUGUCUAUCUUGCAAUAGUAAAAUCCACAAGAGAAGCAAUAUCUCUUUGAAUGAUUGUCCAGGAAAAUGUGAAUGCAAAACUAACAGUGGAUAGCAGGGGGACAAAUUCAUUCAUAGAUCUUGAUAAUGGAAACACCUCACUCAAGUGCUCAGUAAAGAAUUCAUCUGACACAUUUGAGAAUAAGCUUCCAAGAUGUGAAUACUGUAAGAAUAUGUAUUUUUGCAAGAUAUUCCAGAUCCUGAAAUAACUUGUGUUUACAUUUUUUAAGACUGAUUAUGCUGGCAUAAUAAAUUUCAACAACAACAACAAUAACAACAACAACAACAACAACAACGGUUCAAUUCUAGGAAAUGGCUGCAUCAAAUAACUUUUGAGUCCUAUAGUUUAGCUGAUGUAAUGUGUGAAAUCUGUAGAGUAUCCUGCAUAACAACAGUAGAGCUUUGGCAUUAUAUUGCUUUCUGCAGGUGAAUCUUUUAUUCUGAGUGAUUUAAAGCUCUUAUGCAAAUUGACAGUUGCUGUGAGGUUUGUCUAGAUUGUCCAUUCAAAGGGAUGCUGGUUCAUUUUGAACUGGCUGUUAGUCACACUAACAUAUAGGGCACACAAGUGGUAACCUAUUAACUGGGUUAAAAUUGCACAGCUACGUUGCUUUGUGCACAACUUUGUGUAUAGAACUACUCAAGUAUUUUAUGAUAUGCUUGUUCUUAUCCUAAUUAUCAAAUGUUUUUGCAUGUACAGUUUUUACAAGAAAUUCACAUUUUUGUGAGUAUUUGUGUUAAAACUUUUAAUUAGAACAAAUGGCCUUAAAUCUCACAAAUACCUUGGAAAUGAUUGUGAAUUGCCUUCAGAUACUGGAAAAAGAUGUUUUACUUUUGUGUCAAAAGUGUAAUUGCCUUGUAACGUGUAGCUCUCUUUUUUGGCACAUAACCUGUUUACUACUUCCUUUAUUACUAUAUAUGUUAUAAUGAACAGUAUUAAAUUAAGGUGCAUUUUUUAAGCAUGAACGGGUUUUUUCUGGAAAAACAUAUAUAAAUGACAUCAAUGGCGUAUAAUCCUAUGUAAUACAGAAUCUUCCAUUUUUAAAUAUAUUAAAGGUCCUUAAAAUAUU